GGGGAGCUGUAGGGCCACAGGGUAUUGUCGGCAAGGCUGUAAGUCACUUCUGCACAUCUCAGCACAAACAUGUACUUUUGUCUAAAUCUGUGGUUCUCUAACUUCAGUUCCUGUUGUGACAGGAGAUCAUUUUAAAAAUAACAAGUAAACACAUCUAGCCAGGACAAUAAUCUAAGUGUUGUUGUGUCUCUGCAGGGCAACAAGGGUGUAAGAGGGCCUAUGGGCGUUCCAGGGGCUCAAGGCAUCUCAGGAACCAAGGGAGACAAGGUGUGUGUGUGUGUAAAAUAUAUGUGUGUGCUCUUGCAUCUGUGAGUUUACGGAUGUGUCUGUAUCGAGACAUAUUGUCUGUGUGUGUCCGUAUGAGUGCAUGUGUGUGUUUGUUUUUGUGUUGAACAUCGAAGCCACAAUAAGGAUGCAUUUGUGUCUAAAUCAUAUGCAUGUGAUCAUGCAGUUACCCAAACGACCUGUUGGUGGCAGUGUUGACCCACAAAUCCUCCAGCCUCAUAAAGAUGCAGCCAUUGUCCCACACAGAGCCUUAGCAGUAUAAAUGAUAGUACUAGAGUCAUCAUAUCCCAUGUAUUUAGAUUAAACUACAUCUUUCUUACUGUGUGCUGUGUCUCCUGCUGUCCUUAGCUGGAUCAAUAUAUUGGCCUUGCUCUUUAUUGUAAUUAUAAUUGUAUUAUGUAUUUGACUGUAUUUACUGUGUGACUCAUUUUUCUUUACACAGGGAUUCCAAGGAAAAGUUGGGGCGAAGGGAGACUUUGUGAGUAGCAGUAAGCCUGUGAUUUAUACCAAUGCCAUAGCUGCAUACUGAAGUAUCCACGAUGACUCCUAUAUGACGCAAUUGGAAUAGGCAAUCUUUGCGAUAGCCGAUAAUCAAUUGAUUUUAUUAGUGUUUUCUCAUUCUCUCGUCUUUCAGGGUGAUCCUGGUGUAGAAGGCUUGGCUGGGGAGAAAGGAGAGAAGGUGAGUGGCUUUAUCAGGAUGGGACGGGGGAGAGAAGGGAUCAUAAAGGGAGAUGCCAAAUUCUGGAAGUGGAGUGAUUGAGUCUAAGGGGAAACUUCUACCUUCCCAACUGUGUUACUGCAGUUAGGAUUUCAGACUGGAGUGGACUGACCUGUCUGUCUGUCUCUCUCUCCUCCUCCGACAGGGUUUGGGUGGUGAGCCUGGACCCAAAGGACAGGUAAGAACAUCACUGCGGUUACACCCAACCGCACCUCAUUCAUAGUAGAUGGAAUCUAGUCGAAGCUAGUUAAAGCUAGUCAAAGCUAGUCGAAGAUAUUAUUAUUAUUAUUAGAUAGUAAAAGUAAUCGAAGCUGGUUGAAACUAGUGUGAUGUCGCACUAGUUGAAGCUAGUCAAAGCUAAUAUAAGCAAGUUGAAACUAGCUGAAGCUAUUCAAAGCUAGUGGAAACUUGUUGAAGCUAGUCAAUGCUAGUUGAAGCUAGUUCCAGCUAGUUGAAGAAAGUCGACGCUAGUUGACGCUAGCUGAAGCUAGUCAAUGCUAGUAGAUGGUACUUGAAGCUAGUCGAAGCUAGUUGAUGCUAGUUGAAGCUAGUCAAUGCUAGUCAAAGCUAGUUAAAGCUAGUCAAAGCUAGUCAAUGCUAAUCUAUCAAACAGUAUUGUCACUUUGGGUCUCAUCUGUCCCUCAUUCCUCCACAGCAAGGUGUGAGGGGAGAGACAGGGUUCAAUGGACCCACAGGAGACUCAGGCAAACCAGGAGACCAGGGACCAGGAGGACUGCCCGGGCCUCGCGGCCUCAACGGGGAGAGAGGAGUACCAGGCAUGCCAGGCAUUGUGGGGGCAGCAGUGAGUCCUAACGAGUUUUGACGUAACAACACGGAUUAGUGAGAUAGUGGUGUGAUUAAACUCAAUAGAGAAUGCUAGUGACUGACUGACUGACUGAUUGCUUGAUGUUUUUUUAUUUCCUUUCCUCUCCUCCACAUUCCUUUCCUCUAUCCAUCCUCUACUAUCCUAUCAUCCACCGUUCCCUCUCUCUCCCUCUCCUUGCUCAUCUACAGGGACGGGAUGCGUCUGACCAGCACAUCAUUGAGGUGGUUCUGAAGAUGCUGCAAGGUAAGAAGUCCCAACAUUACAAAUCUACUGAAUCUACUGUAUCCAGGUAACACAUCGACUGCAUACGUAGCUAUAGCUAAUAUACAUCCUCUAUCCUCCUCAUCCAGAGCGUCUGGCAGCUGUAGCGGUGAGCGCUAAGCGUGCCGUACUGGGUGGAGCUGGUGUCAUGGGUCCCCCUGGUCCUCCCGGACCCCCAGGUGCUCCCGGUGCUCAGGGCCCACACGGCCUCACCGGUGCCCGUGGCAUCCCCGGCAUGUUUGGUGCCUCCGGACAGAUUGGCAACACCGGACUGAAAGGUAGUAACUGAAAUUGGUGACUUUCCAGAUAAAAAGAGACGCUGAGGCCUCCCGAGUGGCGCAGCAGUGUUGCGGCGUCACUAUAGCCUGGGGUUCGUCCGGGUUAGGGGAGGGGGGGGGAGCUUUACUUGCUCUAGCGACUCCUUGUGGUGGGCUGGGCGCCUGCAGGCUGACUUUGGUCAUCAGUUGAACAACGUUUCCUCUGACACAUUGGUGUGGCUGGCUUCCGGGUUAAGCAAGCAGAGGUUAAGAAGCGUGGUUUGGUGGGUCAUGUUUCGGAGGACGCAUGACUCAACCUUCGCCUCUCCCGAGCCUGUUGGGGAGUUGCAGCGAUGAGAGAAGAUCGUAACCAUGAAAUUGGGGAGAAAAAGAGACGCUGAUCACUCAAAGAGUAACAGAUCUCACUCAAAGAGUAACAGAUCAUUACAAAAUACCACUGGCCUCUCUUCAUCCCUCCAUCUUUCUCUCUUUCAGGAAAGAGAGGAGUGAAAGGAGACAGAGGAGAUCCUGGUAAACCACAUGCUGGCCAGCCAGGACCCCCGGGAAUACCAGGUGAGACCCCAGGAGCACCACACACUCUCCUAACACACACACACACUCAGCAGUGACCGUCCUGUACACACCUAUCCAGUAGUUAUAAAGGUGUGCAGGAGGAGGCGCAUGCUCUAACCGAUAGGACGCACGGGGUGUGAGUACCUCUAUUUUGUACAGACAAAACUGUAGUUAUACAGUAUGUAGAAACCAGACAACAAAGUUUAAAUUAAGGCUCUAAAAUGCAUUAAUCAAUAUAUCCCCAGCAACUGUGAGAGAGUAAGCGGUCAAUUAUGUACAACAGCGAACUAAUCAGUUGGUAAAGAGGCGCGGCGACACAAAUCCAACAAGCCAUGGCUUCCCCCAGAGGAAAAGACAAGGAGCAACGGUUACAAUCUGUUGUUAAAAAAGUAGAUACGCUGGAAAAGGAAGUAGAGGCUAUUGUGUCAGACAUGCAUAUACAAGGUGUGCGGAUGAAUGAACAAGACAACAAAAUUUGCCAUUUGGAAACAAAGUUGCAAACUAGAAGAUUAAUUGGACCAGCAAAAAAACAGAAUGAGACAAAACAACAUGAGAAUAUUGUCCUAACCGGAACACGAGGAAGAAGGAGACCAUUCCAGCAACGUGGUUAACCUGAUAUUAGAGGAUCUUGGCGUGGAUGCCAUAGGAUCGGCAUGAAACAGAAGACCUCUAAAUACCCUCGCAUGGUAAUCCUCCAGCUGUGGAACUAUCACACCAAAGUCAACAUUCUGAAGGCACAGGGGGGAAAGGAGAUCAAAAUCCAUGGACAGUCCAUUCAAUUCGUCCAGGACCUGUCUGCUAGGCUGAGAAAAAAAUGCAAGGAAUACAUGUACAUUCCAAUCAGACAUUCAAUGGAGGAAAAAGGAAUCAAAUCUCAGCUCCGCUUCCUGGCAAUGCUUUAGGUAUGGAAGGAAACUCAAAGGAUGGAAUUAAUCAGUGCAGCCCUAAACAAGCUGCAAGAAACCUUUCCAGUCGAAGGAGGAGACCCUCCUGCAAAGCAGGAAAAAGCGAUAAUCAGUGAUGCCUAAGACCAGCUUAUCGUAAAUUGAGACACUAUUCUUUCCCCCUAAUAUAAUCUAUAUUCUACUUUCCCCAAGUAACUGUUCUUCUCUAUGAAGUAACGAUAGAAGUAGCCGAUGCCAAUGGGCUACAUGGACACUGAAAAGACAAUACAAAGUGGGAAGUAUAGCAUGUCUGUCAAUAACUGUUCCAUAUCCAUGGGAUAUCCACCGCCCUCAUAUGACAUGUCUGCUUAAAUGUUUUAACUGGUUCAUAAAUGACAGAUGGAACAGACAAGGUUAACUUUGAUUCUAAACAAGUAAAGGCCAACAAAAUCCAACUUAUUGCAUGGAAUGUGCACAGGCUUAAUGAUGGCAAAAAAAGCACAAGGUUCUUGAACAUUUAAAGAGAUUGUCAGCAGGUUUUCCUGCAAGCGCUACACUUCAUAAAAGGAGAAAUGUAAUAUUUAAAGAGAAGCUGGGUUGGAGAUGUCUAUCCUGGCACCUACUGUAGUAACAGCAGAAGUGUAGGCAUCCCAGCAAACGGACCAAGAAGGACGUUUUCUAAUUUUGAAUUGUUUCUUAAAUGGGGAAAAAUGCACAUUAAUUUAAUUGUAUAUCCCUCCAGGGGCAAACCUGGUGUUUUUAGAUAGAAUUGAAGCUAUAUUAGAUCAAACCCAGACAGAUAUUAGCAUGUGACCUAUAGUGGCUUGCGAAAGUAUUCAUCCCUCUUGGCAGUUUUCCUAUUUUGUUGCCUUACAACCUGGAAUUUAAAUUUCUUUUUCGGGGGUUUGUUUCAUUUGAUUUACACAACAUGCCUACCACUUUGAAGAUGCAAAAUAUGUUUUAUUGUGAAACAAAAAAACAGAACUUGAGCGUGCAUAACUAUUCACCCCACCCUUAAAGUCAAUACUUUGUACAGUCACCUUUUGCAGUAAUUACAGCUGCAAGUCUCUUGGGGUCUCUAUAAGCUUGGCACAUCUAGCCACUGGGAUUUUUGCCCAUUCUUCAAGGCAAAACUGCUCAAGCUCCUUCAAGUUGGAUGGGUUCCGCUGGUGUACAGCAAUCUUUAAGUCAUACUGCAGAUUAUCAAUUGGAUUGAGGUCUGGGCUUUGACUAGGCCAUUCAAAGACAUUUAAAUGUUUCCCCUUAAACAUUUUACAUUUUAGUCAUUUAGCAGACGCUCUUAUCCAGAGCGACUUACAGUUAGUGAAUGCAUACAUUAUUAUUAUUUUUUUCAUACUGGCCCCCCGUGGGAAUCGAACCCACAACCCUGGCAUUGCAAACGCCAUGCUCCACCAACUGAGCUACAUCCCUGCCGGCCAUUCCCUCCCCUACCCUGGACGACGCUGGGCCAAUUGUGCGCCACCCCAUGGGUCUCCCGGUCGCGGCCGGCUACGACAGAGCCUGGAUUCGAACCAGGAUCUCUAGUGGCACAGGUAGACCACUGCGCCACUCGGGAGGAACCACUCGAGUGUUGCUUUAGCAGUAUGCUUAGGGUCAUUGUCCUGCUGGAAGGUGAACCUCCGUCCCAGUCUCAAAUCUCUGGAAGACUGAAACAGGUUUCCCUUAAGAAUUUCCCUAUAUUUAGUGCCAUCCACAUUCCUUCAAUUCUGACCAGUUUCCCAGUCCUUGCCGAUGGAAAAACAUCCCCACAGCAUGAUGCUGCCACCACCAUGCUUCACUGUGGGGAUGGUGUUCUCGGGGUGAUGAAAGGUGUUGGGUUUGCGCCAGACAUUGCGUUUUCCUUGAGGGCCAAAAAGCUCAAUUUUAGUCUCAUCUGACCAGAGUACCUUCUUCCAUAUGUUUGGGGAGUCUCCCACAUGGCUUUUGGCGAACACCAAACGUGUUUGCUUAUUUUUUUCUUUAAGCAAUGGCUUUUUUCUGGCCACUCUUCUGUAAAGCCCAGCUCUGUGGAGUGUACUGCUUAAAGUGGUCCUAUGGACAAAUACUCAAUCUCUGCUGUGGAGCUUUGCAGCUCCUUCAGGGUUAUCUUUGGUCUCUUUGUUGCCUCUCUGAUUAAUGCCCUCCUUGCCUGGUCUGUGAGUUUUGGUGGGCGGCCCUCUCUUGGCAGGUUUGUUGUGGUGCCAUAUUCUUUCAAUUUUUUAAUAAUGGAUUUAAUGUUGCUCCGUGGGAUGUUCAAAGUUUCUGAUAUUUUUUUAUAAACCAACCCUGAUCUGUUUUUUUUAUAAACCAACCCUGAUCUGUACAUCUCCACACUGGGUUCUAAAAUCCAUGACAUAGUGAUAUCAGAUAAUUAUUCUGUAUCAUGCUUAAUUACACCAACAGAUAAUACACUUAUAGUGACAUAAUAUGGAGAAUGAACAGAGCACAUCUUCACGACCCGAAAUUUCUAAAAUACAUUACAAAUGUAGACAUACAGCACAGAGAAAAGCCGACCCCUGACAUAAUUUGGGAUGCUUUUAAGGCGUACAUUAGGGGAAUCAUUACCUCAUACUCUGCUAAAGUUAAAUCUGAGUUAGAAAUUACAAUUUAAGAAUAGUAAAUCACUAUCUUAGAAAAAGCCCAUAAAAAAAUAUUUACAGGGUAAAGAAGAACAUUACAUUUUUUAACAUAAGCAGGAAUAUGACCUUUUACUUUUGAAGCGAGCCACCAACUACAGGUUAAACUCAAAUAAAGCAUACUAUUUCAUGGCAAAUAAACCUGGUAAACACCUUGCAGACCUCAUAAAACGAAUACACACCAAACCAGUUAUCAUUUUAAAAGAUAAGGAUACAAAUGCUUUAAUUAGAAACAACAACAAUAUUAAUCACAAUUUUAAAAGAUUCUAUGAAAAUCUAUAUAAAUCAGAAUUAAAUAACAGUUGGACUGAUCCUACAGCCGUUUUAGACGCAAUAACCCUGAAGCAACUUUCAGCAGAUAAAAAAUAAUCACAAAAAAUGGAAAUCACCCCAAAAUAAAUAUUAGACACUGUUAAAACAUUUGCACAGUGAAAAGCAUCAGGGAUGGACGGCUUUCCCAUUGAAUUUUAUUUUAUAUUCUGGACAAGGUUGCGUCCCUAUUAACUCAAAUGACAACACACGUCACUCAAUUCAGGGCUUCCGAGUUCCAUGUAUCAAACAGCUGUUUCAGUUAUAUUAAAACCAGGAAAAUCUGGAGAGUCCCCGGCAGAUUACAGACCCAUACAUUUGAUCAAACAGGAUUUAUUAAAAAUAGACACAAACAAGCACAAGAACAUGUUUCAGAAUAAUACAAUAUGCAAAGAAACAAGAUGUAGAUCAAUAAUGGCUGUUGAUGCCGAAAAAGCUUUCAACCAUCUUGAGUGGCCUUUUCUAUUUAGACAUUUGGAAGCAUUCAACUUUCCAGCAGAAAUAAUACAUUUCAUAACAACAUUAUAUAAAUGUCAUGAAUCAAAAAUAUACACAAAUAAUACAUUAUCUGAUGAAAUUGCUUUAGAAAGGGACACGAGACAGGGAUGUCCUCUCUCCCCCCUCCUGUUUGCACUGGCAAUUGAACCGCUUGCAGAAAGAAUUAGACAGGACCCAAACGUAACAAGUAUCAGUAUUGGUAAACAUUAAUAUAAACUAAACUUAUUUGACGAUGAUCUCCUGAUAUACUUGACUAAUAUUGAAAACUCAAUGCCACCCUUGUUAAAAUUAUUUUUGGAAUACUCUAAAAUCUCAGGAUAUAAAACUAAAGUGGAAAAAACGGAAAUAAUGGCAACAGGAAAUAUAAACAUUUGGAAUUGUAUCAAGGCUUUUACUUGCGACACAUUGUUAAAUGCGCUAAAGUGGAACGAUGGGUACAUAUUGAAUAUGCGCAUGCUCAUCCCCAGAAUCUUUUCACGUGUCUGUUUUCAAAGGAUGGUGGUAAGAACAUUAACAACUUCAUAGUUAAGAACAUCAUAACAACAUAAAAGAAAAUUCAACGAAUUCUACAAGAACCAAUAUUUCUCCCUAAAAACACACCCCUAUGGAACAAUACUUUUCAGAAUUCACCAAUAAAUUGGCCCACGUGGAAAACCAAAGGCAUAGAAACUGUAAAUGUGGUAAUUGGAAAUACAAUUAAUGUAGACAUUUUCAAAUACUGUAUAUGCAACUUAAAAGUUUUAUAUCACAUUUCGACCUGAAAGCUUUUGGACAUCAGAGCAAUGUUGAGGAAAUCCUAUUUGAGUCAGAAACAGUUACUCAUAUGAUAGGUAAGAUAUACCAAACCUUGCCGAGAGCCUAUUCAACUGACAACCUCUUAGAAAAAAAAUAUAAACUAUUGGAACCAAUACUAUAAAAGAAAGGAUAUUGGCACAAGAUGGAGGGAGUGUUGGAACAUAACAAACACAAUUACAGUUAACGAAAAUGUACUCUUAAUCCAGUAUAAACUAAUGUAUAGAAUGUAUUAUACAAAAGACAAAAUUAACUAAUUCUACAUUACAAUGGCAUAGUCAUGUCUUUAGUGUAAAGCUAACGAUGACUCAAUAAUUCAUGCCUUCUGGGAGUGCUAUAAAGUCCAAAAGUUCUGGGCAGAGUUAGAAAGCUGCACUGGCUGUCAGAAAUUUUACAAUGUAAGUUUAAUUUUAAUAUGUCUAUCUGCAUAUUUCAAGACAUGGCAUGCUUAUUUAAAUAUUGAAAAAAAAUCUGGCUACAGACAGAAACAACUUAAAACAAUUUUAAGUCAUAUGGGGCAGCGUCUUACAAGCAUUAGAAACAACAUUGGGUGUGGAUACGGUGGGAACAUCUGGGUCUGAGCAUGUGUGAUGUCAUUAAUGUUUAUGGAAAUGUGUGUAAAUGUUAAAUUGUCUAUUGUUUUUGUCUAUGUAUGUUUUAGUUUAUCGUAAAAGGUGUAUCAACUUACCUCAGGAAGUUAUGGGGUCAAACUAAAACCAUCUCACUUUCAAAACUCUUCCUCCUCAGGUCCCCCUGGUAUUGACGGCAUGGCUCGAAAUGGUAAGCCUGGUGAGCGAGGCACCCAGGGCUCGGCAGGAGAGGCCGGUCGUCCUGGUAAGGCGGGCCCCACUGGUCUUCCAGGGUUCUGUGAGGCUGCAGCCUGCCUAGCUGCCUCAGCCUACACCUCCCCCAGACUACAGGACUCCGCCAGGGUCAAGGGCCCCGGAGUCUAACCUCAGCUCUCCAUAAAAAGCCCCACAACACCAGGGAUAAAGAGAGAGACAGAAGAGAGAGAAGCAGGGAUAGAGGAGAGAGAGAGAGAGAGAGAGAGAGAGAGAGAGAGAGAGAGAGAGAGAGAGAGAGAGAGAGAGAGAGAGAGAGAGAGAGAGAGAGAGAGAACUCUUCUUUAUUGGAUACCAACGAGAGCGAGGAGUGGGGGCGAUACUAUCGUGACUGACGUUGGCCCCUCUGACCCCUAAACUGACGACCUUCAG